AUGGAUAGCGGUUGGAAUAGCAAUGAAGAGAAUUACCAAGGAAUAGAUUGUUUGCCAUUGAAAAUAUUUGAUGGUACAAAAACGUCUAUUAACGAUUUGACAGAAGCGUCAAUCACUUAUAUGUGGCUGAGACGAAUAAAAGAAAUAUUUCUUGCCAUGAGUAAAAGAAGUAAUGAUGAUCCAUUUGUGGAACGUGACAUGGCUAUAGCCAAAGCGGAUAUGCAUCAAACAUGCACUCGGUACAUCGAAAGUAUCAGACCAACAGCAAGCAUUGUUAAUGAGAAUGUUGCACCACAAGAUGCAGAUGAAUGUAGUGUCCAAAAAAUACAAGCACAACUGAAAAAGCUCUCUGAAGCUAUUAAUAAAGCCACACAAGAUUCUUCGACUAAUGCUGAUGUGAAAAAUGAAAUCAAGGAUAAUAUUUCAAGCAUACAAAAUACAGUUGAAAAAUUCAAAAUAAUGAUUAAUAAGCUUUUAGCUAAUGUUGAUGAAACGAACACCACAAAGUUGCAAGCGAUUGUUCAGAAAUUGGAGAAAAAAAGUCAAAAAACAAGUUUAGAAGUGAAACAAGACUGGAGUUUACAAAAGCUAUACGCUGAAUUGUUCAAAAUGUCUUAUUCAAGAAGUUCGACAUCUCCAGAGACACCUCAAGUUUUUGGUGAGGGUGAAACCGAAGUCGGUGAAAAUGAACGAAACAUUGCAUAA